CGCCUCGCGUGCAUUACAAAUAUUAUGGCCGCUUGCGGCAUACGCGCCAGUAAAAGCAGUUGCUCGUUCAAUUGAAGUUCAAGAACGCUCUCUUUAUUCACGCUUGGAUUGAACUUGUAUACCACAGUCGCUAAUCGACUUUAAGUAGCUUAACAUGUAUUAUUAACUUAUAGUAUCAAAAAAAUUAUACAAUCAAAACAAUAAUAAUAAUACGUAUACACACACAUUUUUAUAUUACACAUAUAUAUUUCUGUAAAACCGAAAAGUGAAUGAAGCGAUGGAUAUAUGAUAUAUGAUAAAUAUAAAAAUAUUAUAUUUACGGUCAACUUCAAAUCAUACAUGUUAGGUUAUCACAUAACCUCUUUAUCUCUUCGUACCAAUUAUCAAUACAACUAUCAUCCCAGUUGUCUCGACUUUCUCUUGUUUCCAGAAUCCUUUAGGAGACGGUACAAUGAUCCGCCAUCGAUCACGUCGUCGAUCUAUCUAGGUCAGCACCGGAAAUCGUGCAUCCUUGCCCAUCUAGUCCGUCGAGACUCAAACGUAUCGCGUAGUGCGUCGCGCGUAAAAUAUAACCGAUGUUCUUGUAACCAAUUAAACCAUGACCGUCGACAACAUUUUGAUUUCCAUUAAAUCAUCGGUUUUCUUUUUUCUUUUUAUUAAAAUCUUUCAUUUCAUUUUCGAAAUGCAAAGCGAAUAAGACAUUCAUAACAUAUUUUAAGGGCGAGAAAUCGAGAUUUAUAAAUGGCGUGUCUAUCACGGAGACCGGUACCAUUGGGAAGUGUCUCGAAAAGAUUCCACCGUUAUGCAAGCAGUCUGUCGUCAACAGUUGGACAUAUUUUUCCCCACUUUUUCGCCCCGCCGUUAGGACGUGCGUUUUCGAGAGGGUCGAAAGCUGUUACGGAAACACAUAUCAUUAGAAAUUCUAAGAUUAGCCAUCUAUUCAGAAUGUUCAGCCAACAGGUAGCCAAGUUUUGUGCGGAUUCUUCGAUGCCGGACUGCAACAAAAAUUUAUUGGUCUCCAGUCUACGGAAUUUAGCCAACAUGGAUGAUACUGUUCUUGAUAAAUUAGAUCCGUAUCAGCACGGCGCAAAGGAAAUGAUAUGGCGUGCUAUGGCGAAGAACGGGUUUUCGACGAGGACUGGCCACGAACCGGAUGACUCCUACUUCACAACCGGAUUUGAUUCGUUAGCCACCAGUGACAGCGAAACAAACGGCCUGAGCGAGGAAACAGCUCCGUCGCGUGACUACGUUCGACCACCUGCGGAGCACACAGGUCCAUAUCUGGUCGGACCAAUGGUAAUCCGCGUCUAUCCGGACGGUCGACCGGUUCCAGAGGACUCUACGCGUCCAUUGCCACGCGACGAAGACAUCGAAGAGUAUAGGCACCCUCGAGUGCCGUCGGUCGAAGAACUCGAAGCUGACAGGAGCUCGUUCUACGGCAAAGGAUCAAUGGGAAGCACGUUUUCCCAGACUAAAAAUCAUCGGCACGGCGCACCAUUCGACAGACGGUUAUUUCAGGAGGUUAUCGCGAAACGCAAAAUACGAUAUUUCUGAAGGAACGCGACUUAUCAUUGAAGAAUGUACAUAGCAUCGUCGUAGACGAUUUGGAUGCCGGAAUUGGCGGGUACGAGGCGAAGAACGUAUUCUCCCGUGCGCACACACGCUGUGUAAUCUCGCUUCUUUAAACACGGCCAUGGAAUGCUUAUGGAUGGUAAUCGCAUAAAAUGCAUCAUUCGACUGAAUUAUAACUGAACCUGGUCUUUCAUGAUGCAGAUUGGAGGCAGAAUCAUUUAGAGGUGUUUCUUAUAAUAGGAACUAUUUACAGAAUUUUAGUCGUAAAGAGUUUCCCUCUUUCAUACAUAUUUCAUCUUUAAAGAGAUAUGCUACUGGUCAACAGUAUGGGUCUGCUUUCAUCAAAUGGGAUUACUGUCGUAAGGGCAACAUUUCAGUUGAUCCUGUACUUUGAUCAAUAGUGUACGUAAUAAAUGAGCAAAUGGGUGAUAUUUUUUAAAUAACUUGCAUUGUUAAUUGUCCAUUAACACACCUCUGGAAAUCUAAAGUUAGCGAUGGUGGGUUUAAAAAGACUGUUUCUGCGAACAACAUUCUUACUGUUUUUUAAUUAACGUUUAAUAGGAAACCUUGUCAGUUUUUAAAAUAAUAUAAACGUAUAUAACAACGUAUGAGCUAUUAAUUGACGAUUGGUCGGCCAUUAAGGUCUAUAUUUUCAUCGUUGUUAAUGAUUUUAGGUAUCUGUCCAACUCUACUGUAUAUAAUUUGCUUAUGUACACAUUUACUCGCUUUCACACACGAAUUGUCGCCGACCAUGAAUAUUUUCAAUCGUACCUUCUCAUUCAUUUAUUAUUUAUUUCAUCAUUCCUAUAAUUGCUAUUUAUUUUUGCAUCGCAUCCGUUUAGAAUUUCAAUGUAUAAUUAUUAUAGUUUCAUUAAUUAAACGCACCGAUCAUUUGAUUCCGCGAGAGAUAUUCUCAAUUAUAAUUACCCUAUUAUCUUUUGUUUUUUUAUAAGAUGUCUGCCAAUAUGACGUAAGGGAACUUACCUCGCUGAAAAUUUGUUUUCAUGCUUAACGCGAAAUACAUAUAUCUAGUGUAAUAUUAAACGGGAGAUAUUUUUAUGUGUAAAAUAUAGUGUAAUUUAUAGACGUCAUGUGAUUGAGUUUUAAUGGUAAAAUACGAUCUUUUUAUUUUUGGCACACCGCAAUAUUUGCACAAAAUUUAACAGUUCACAAUAUAGUCCAAUUUAUCAAAUAAUGUCUAUAUUUGUAUACGCGUAAUGCACGUGAUAUUUUAUAACACAUUACAUUUUUUCUAGCAACUGAAGUCUUUUCUAUACGUGUUACAUGUAUAUAGUAAGUUAGAUUUUAUAUACAAAGUCUUAUAUUUACGUAUGUAAAACUCGAUUAGAUUGCUAUUAUAGAAAAACUACAAGCGUAAACGAUUAUUAUAUUUUCAAAUUUGUAUAUAUGACUUGCAAUAAAAUGUGAUAUUUCAUUUCGAUAGUA